UUUUCAAUACCAGAUGCUCUAAAAGAAUGUCUGAUAUGCUGCGGCGAGUAAGGGAGAAUUAUGAGCUUCACGGCAUCCGUCCUAGCUGGAUAGGCGAGGAGGUUUUUCAGGAGCUUGUAAUAUAUUGGAGGACUCCAGAAUUCCGGGCUAAAUCAGAAACUUUUAAGAAGAUGAGGGCAUCUGAAAAGGGCGGUUGUGUCAACACAGUUGGAAGUAUUAGCACCGCCGAGCAUGCCCGACGAUUGGCUAAGCAGUUGGGGAGAAGACCAUUGAUGCCUGAGCUGAUUUCGAGGACCCGGACAAGGAGAUCGGGAGGUGUUGUCGACGAGCGCACGAGGAUGUAUCUUGAAGAAUAUGAUAGACGACUUGCCAUUUUUCUGGAAAAUAAUCCUCAAUUCAUGCCAGCAGAGGGGGAGCCGCUUAACGCGGAUGUUGAUCACUACAUUUGGUGUGAUGUUAUUAAAGAUAAAAGGCCUAAUGGUUGCUUUUUUGGGGCUGGAAAUUUGGCGUCCAGCUAUAGAUCUGGUGACCCUCUUCGUAUUCCGUUGCUUAGGGAUGAAUUGGAUCAGGACUUGAUGGCUUGGAUGGACCACGGAGAAACUGCAACAAAAGGCUAUCAAAUUCUUUUGAAAUGUGAUCAUCUUGCAAAGGUCUACAAUCGACUCCAAAUUGAGAUGAAAAGACCAUAA